AUUCUGGUCGCUCAUCGAGUUAGCCAUGAUUUUAGGCAUCAGUGUCAUGCCUGAAACUCAGUCAGGCACUUCAGUUCGAUCCAAAAACCCACAGUGUUCAGACCUCCCCCAGGAGCAAGUGGAAAAAGUUAACAACAAGCCACACGAAACGAGAAGCAGCCAGCGGAAAACCCCCAGGUUGUCCGGAACUAUUCGUCCACUUUUUGCAGAACCCCUACCACUAACCGCACGAUGGCUAGCCAGGAUGCAGAUCUUAGGACUCGCAACAGAGGAGCGGGUGAUCCUGCCGUGGCCGACUUUUUGGCAGAGGUGGAAAAGUGGACGAUCGAAAUGCCCUCGCGUUCCAGCUCCACAUCAUCCAGCCACCGGAGCACAAGCACUAGCACUACCUCCUUUGGGGAGCCGGGUAGCUUCUAUCGCAGAAGCCUGCGCCGCGAAAGGCGCAUAUUGAAGUUAUCGCCGCCGUCCAUGAACGCGCUUUUCCUGCAGCAGGCGAAGGAGGCCCAAAAGGCGUUCACCUUGAAAAGAAUCGUGUUCCUCUAUCUGGGCCUGGUCCUGGCGCCCGUCAUCAUGGAGCUGGGCCCGCGCAUCGAGUUCCCAGAACUAUGGAAGCAGACCGGCAAAUUCCACUUCUGUAAGGAGCGUCGUCUGGCCAUGACCUUUACCAACAACACUACUCGCGUCCUGAUCCGCUCCUUCCUGUCGGCCGCCGUGCCGCUCUACUGCAUGCUCUGCAUGGCCCAUCCGAAUCGGUUCCUACUCUGUGCUCCGCACGCCAGAGGCUGCAAAACGGAGGUGCCGGCCAACGUGAGCGCCUACUUCCUGGGCCUCUUGCCCUAUGUGAUCCGCCUGCACGCCGGAUUUGCCAGGUUCGUCAAGGACACCUGGUUGGCCUACAACGAUCAUGUGCUGAACAUAGCCGAGACAUUCAACACCUGGCGCUUGCUCAUCUAUCUGAAUCAGAUCAUCCAGCUCGUCUACUCCUUCGAGCUGGUUCUGCUUAUGGCCCAGGGACUGAUGGGUUUUCUGCAGGCCCGUCGCAUCUACAAGCUGAUCGCCGUAAGGGGCAACCGUCGCGUGAUGCAACUGGAACAGAACAAGUCCAAGUUCUGGUACAGCCCCAGCGAUAGCACCAUGGACGUUUACUGGGCCUUCAAGCUACGUGCCUCCAGUGCUUAGUAUUCCCGAGCCCCAAGCCCCAAGCCCCCAAGACACAACUCCUGCCAGCUGGCCAAUCAUAGACACAAAUAAAAUUACCAGUAUACGAUCGAUGGAUUCCUUGGCAUGAUAGAAAAACUAACAAAAAAAAACCUAGAAAUCAAAACACUGAUAUUUGGCUAAGGAACCACUGGCGGCUGGCAGAAGUGGAGUAUUAGUUCAAGACGAAAUGAUUUCCACAAAGUCGGAUUUCCGCAGCGGACAAACUAACGGUAUCGCUGCGUGUACGCUUAUUAUGUAUUUGUUUUUUGUUUUUGUACUC